AUGAGUGCUGCAAGGAUGCUGCAGGACUUACAGAUCAAGACGACAGAGACGAGCUCAGUGCCUUUGAUCAGCCGGUCGAGGUCGCAGGACUUCCCUCCAGGGAAGGGGAUCGCGGUGCUGCUAUCAUCGAGACGGAAGGACCUGGCAGCGUUGAUGCAGGCCUUGGACGUGCCGAACCUUUACGUGGAGGACGAUCGCUGUGAGCAGGGGGUCUGCCAUGAGGACCUUAGUGCUUCAUGGUUGUCGAUCAGAGGGUACCUCAGGCGCUGGUCUAAGGGGGCGGAGGGCGAUGAGCUCUGCCGUUCGAUUGUCCUCUCCUGUCUGAGCGCGUUCUCCGAGAACGAGCAAUCACGAUCGAAGAGAGCGUUCCUGCUCCUGACAGCCCUGGUCUCCGACCCCAACACCCAGCCGGCCUGUUGUGCCAUAUUCUCCCACCUCCUGCAAGGGGAAGAUAAGACUAACAAGCUCCGGGUGUGCAGUUUUGUCUUCGAGCUGUUUGCUGCGAGGGUCUUUGGGGACGACUGCCUCCACCCGAUCCAAUCUCAGAGGAGGAGAGGCCACUGCAGCCUGAGUGCCCUGCAGCGGGCAAGAGCAGCGACGAGAAACGCUCUAGAGCUGGUUUUCCCGAUGGAAUCGCUCCUGGUCGAGAUUGCGAGGAGGGAGGCUCGGCACCUGGAUGACGACCCCAAGUUCAAGCCGAUGCCCACCCUUCUCACCACCAUGUCAGCUGAUUGCUGCAUCUUCAACUACGUGGCGCUAGGGCAGCUGUACCUGUCGGAAGAAGGAGGGGAGGAGGAAGAGACCUCGGACGAGGAGGGACGUGCCCCAGCCUCGGAGCUUUUCUCAUGGUCAAGGCUCGAGAGCAUGUUGAACAACAUGAUCGCUGUGUUGGACAGGUUGGAAGUCUGGUUUUCAUCACGCAAAGAUUUGCUGGUUGCCGUCGUUAGAGUCACCAGGAAGAGAAUUACUGAUUGCCGGAAGACAUACGAGCAGAUUGCAAUUUAUGACCAUCUCAAUCACAUUCCAGAGGAAGAGAAAUCGAUCAGACAGUACGGCGAUGAGCUGAUGAGGGUGGUUUGGUAUCAAUGGGCCUCGACAGGUCGGAACUUCAUUCAGAACUACAAAAUGCCUUCAGAGGAGUUGAAGGAAGAAAUCGACAAGCUGAUUAACCUGCUGCCCACACAAGUGAUUGCCAUGGGAGCAGAGGAGAAGCAGCUUAGCUCGAAUGCUUGUUCCUACGCCCUUAUGUCCAUCUGCCUGCUGCUUUCUCGCUGCAAGAGUAAGCUCGCUGCCGCCAUCCUAGACCACAAGAGCUCCGUGCUCUUCCCGCGCCUGAUGGAGGCCUUGCACUUCAACGACGACGAGAUCUCCCAGCUCUCUACGGCUCUCUUUGGAGAGAUCCUAGCGUCAAUCGCGAACGAGAAGACGAUCUUCGAUAUGGUCCCUCCCCUCCUUUCCCUCCUCGAUGAAGACGACGCAAGCUCGGGGGCCGCGUGCGGACUCAUCGCUCGAGCGUGCGUGUCUGCCAACAGUGAGGUUGCCCAAACCUCCAUCCUCUCGGAAGUUCUCAGGGCUGUCGAUAGCGAAGGCAGAGUGAGGCGAGCCAACGGCCUGCGGACGCUGCAGGAGGUGGUGAACCUGAAGAAGUCCGUCAUCACCGACAAGGGCCGAGAGCAGAGCAGAGCCACGAGCCAUGUCCUCUUCAAAGCAAUCUGCAAGGCCCUCUUGGACCGGCUGGGAGACGAGGAGCUCACGACCAGGUGCAAGUCAGCGAAGCUACUCGCCUUCAGCGAGCCUGCAUCUAUUCUCCCCAUCCUCUGCCGGAGGCUGUACGACCGCGAUGAUCGAGUGAGGUCGGCUGCCGAGCUGGCACUCGUGACGGUUCUUGCGGAAGGAGAGGACCCCGAGCAGGCUGCCCGCGCGUUCUUGGAUAUCCUUCGCCUCCCCUUCGCCUCUCUUGGGGAACCCUCUGAUCAGACCCCGGUGCAUCCUGGUGACAUCAAGCCGUCAGUGGCUGCCCCAGCCGGGAGGGAGACGGAGAACGAUUGGCCGGAGAGAGCGCUCCGUCAGUGGAGCAAGUGGGCCGAGGGUGUUCCAGACGCACUCUGGCGGGGCUCGCUGCUCCCCGUGAUCCUCUCCAAGACUUUUGGAGCGCCUCGGGAUCACGUCCUUGUUCAGGCGUGCUCGAGGAUAGCGGCGGUCCUGGCGCGGCAUGCCGACCUUGUCAUGUCCAUGGUCCUCGACAGGGUGGAGCAGAUCGAGUUGCAGAUCAAAGGCGCUUGCCAAGUCAUGGAGACCAGCGAGGUCUCCGAAGAGAUCGUCUUCCUGAGGCUGAGCCCCAUGUUGAUCCUCAAGCUUCUCCCCACGGCUGCUUUCAGGAUCCAGGCCGUUGAGGAGGCGUUCGAUAGGCCUGGAGAACUUGUCAGGCAGUACGAUCGCAAGGGAGGACGGGACUGCCUCUUGCCCUUGCACGAGCUGGAGAAGGAGCUGCCGUGCUCGUCGGACGUGCCUUGCAAGACCAUGUCGCGGCUGGUUCGCCUCCUCUACCAGCGGAUGAUGUCAGAUGCCGAGCUGAAGCCGAUCCGAGAGGUCUCUGCUCAGGUGCUGGGCUGCGUCAACCCGGGAUGGAUCGUCGUAAGCGUGUCUCGACUGAUCAAUGAGCUGACCUCUAGCCUGGAUGCAGCAGCAUCCGGAGUAGGAGGAGGGGGAGGGGGAGGGGGAGGGGGAGGGGGAGGGGGAGGUGGUGGUGGAGAGAAAGAAGUCGCCGAGGGGAAGUCAGCCUUGUUCUAUGUCAUGUUCGCCUUUAGAGCCCACGGACUGCAAGCCUGCAUGCGACAAGUCUACCUGCGCCUGCUGCUCAACCUCAUGGCCGUCGACAAGGAGGGAGAGGAGGUAGAGCACGUGCUCCGGGGAUGCUGCGCGGCCGUCGCUGAAGCCCUCGUGGCUGUGCUGAUGAUGAAACCGCAGCCGGAGGAAGCGGAGGAUCACGGCAGGCAGACUGAAAUGGUGCAGGGGGAAGGAGGGAUCCUCUCCUCCUUCUGCGACCUGAUGGGCGGAGACUUCGAGCUGGGCAGUGCGAAGUUGGAGAGGAUAAUGCAGGAGACUGAGGGAGAAGCGGGUCCGGGCAUCGAGACUCGCCUUCAGUCGUUAGAGGAGGAGGGGAGGACGAGGCUGCGGUUGAGAGUCUGUGAGGUGAUGAAGCACGUGGCGCGCGAGCUGCCAGGCUCCAGUCUCGCCAUGGUGAACUUCUCCAAGAGGAUCGCUCCGACACUGCUCGAUCUCGGGUGCCGCCUGCAGAGUCCAGCAGCCCUCCGAGCAAGUGCCCUUGAGGCCUUGUUCUUCAUCGCUUACACUCUUGGAGAGCGAGCGGAGCCACUGGUAUCGGACCUGCUCGACGUCGCUGAGCGAGGACUAACGGCGAAGGAUGAAGCAGUCCGGCUGCAUGCCCUCAAGAUCGUCGGAGUUUGUGCAACUGCGGAUGCGGAGACGUUUGUCAAGGACGAGGAGAGGCUCGUGCGGAUUCAAAGUCACUUGGUCGGGAUGGCAAACAUGGAGGAAUCAACGUCGGUCCGCGGACUUGCCUGCAAGCUGAGCCAGCUCAUCGUCCCUGCGCAAGGAGCCGGUUGA